UCUCAGCCCCCCCACAUUGGCUUAACUUUUAGCUUCUCGCUUCGCGACUAGCCGCCCCCACAAGAUGACGUCCUCCAACCUUGCAAUUAUUAGCACGGCCCUCUCCGACAGCACGCUUCAGGGCCUGAGGGACGAGUUUGAAGACCGCGUCUUCAGAGGCGUCGACGGCUUCUUUGCCAAAUAUUUUGACAAAAAGCCCUGGGCCCCGCUUGUCGCCGCCGCCGCUGCCGGGUCUGGUUUUCCACACCUGGAUGCGGUGAUGAAACAGGUUCAAUCCCUUGUUCCCACCUUGCGCAGCGACACAGCUGGAAUCCAUUUCCGCAGCGAGCCGCUCAACAAGCCGGGCGAUCCCCUCAGCGCCGCCAUCUACCUGUUGACGGGACAACAGGCCCACCAUAUCGCGCCAAGCAACAUCCGCGUAUGCGGCCAAUCCUAUCACGCAACCACCAAUGACCACAACGACACCCACAUCCUCCGCCUCUACCACCAGGCAACCCAAGUGUUCAAGGCCCAGCCUACAAGAUACUUCCUGCAUGGCUUCUUGGUCAACGGAAGCACGCUGGAGCUCUGGGUUUUCGACCGGUCGGGCGCCUACAGCAGCGAGACAUUCGACCUGCGGCAGAGACCAAACCUACUCCUUCAGAUUUUGUGUGGAUACGCCUGCAUGAGCGACGAGGAAGCCGGGCUCAACUCGUUUGUCAAGCGUUGCGAAGCGAACAAGACGACCUACGUCGAGUUCGAUGACCAGGAAGACAACAGGUUCUAUCUUGGGCCUGACUGGAUAGCAGCGCCGAGCUAUCUCGUAGGGCUCGGAACAGCCUGCCUUGGAGCGUCGAGGUCUGCGUCCACUGCUGUGGUGGACCCUGACGCUGUCGUCAAGUUCUCGUGGCGGGAGGAUGAUGCGACGCAUCCCGAGUUGCAGCUGCUGGAGCUUGCGCGGAAGCGCAACGUCAAAGGCAUUAUUCAAGUUCUCGGCAACCAGGACCUGGUCAGCAUCGCGCACCUCCGCAGCGGACUGCAGUUUCCGCAGCCCUUGGUCAACCGGACACUGUCGUGCGUGGUGACCUCUCCUCGGGGGUGGCCGAUCCAAAAGUUCGCCUCGAUCCCGGAACUCUUGCACGCACUAGGAGACCUUGUCGAAGCCCUUGGCUCUCUCUAUUUGGAUGGCGGAAUCAUCCACCGCGACGUGGCCAUCAAGAACCUUAUCAUCGCCCCGCAGCCAGGCGCGGGGCGUCGCAAGGGUGUCCUCAUUGACUUCGACCUUGCCUUGGAUGUCGAGAACGCACGGGCGCUCGAGCCCAUGAUGGGAUCCGAGGGGUUCAUGGCUAUCGGCAUACUUUCCGGGCAGAAGCACACGUACCGUCAUGACCUGGAGUCUCUCUUCUACGUACUCCUAUGGCUGGCUAUCGGGAACAACCACGAGGCUGACGACGCCUCGGGUAUCAUGCAGGGCCUGCCAGAGGGUUCACGGCUGCGCAAGUGGUGCGGGAUGGACUUUGGCGCUAUCCGGCGGGACAAGGCUGCCGACAUGAGCCCAGAGGGUUUUGUGGCUAUGCUGGACGAGUUCUCACCCGACUUUGCCCCUGUUCAAGACCUGACUAGGGAGCUGCACGCGUUACUUUUCCCUUUGCAUGACGGCAGGAUUUUCACUGGGACUGAGAUGGACCGGGCCGCUGCCAAGCGGCUCUAUGACGGCAUGGCAGCCGCCUUUCACAAAAGUGCCUCCUCGUUUCCAAUGUAAUUGGAGGGGUG